AUGUGUAUUGAUGACCCUUUGGGCAUGGCAGUUUCUAUCAGCCGAGCCACAUCUGCGGAUGCAUCGACCUUAAUGUCUAUGAUCAAGGAGUUGGCAGAGUUUGAGAAGAUGGCGACAGCGGUCAACAUAGAUGAUACUCGCCUAGCUGCCGAUAUUGACAAGAAUUCAGUAGGUGGCUUUAUACUGCGUGAAGACGACGAACCAGCAGCAAUGUUGUUGUUUUACUUCGCGUACUCAACUUGGGAAGGACAAUACAUCCAUAUGGAAGACUUGUAUGUACGACCAGCAUUCCGUCGAAAAGGCUACGGGCAAAUGUUAUGGAGAGAACUUGGCAUCUUAGCUAAAGAGUUGGGACUUACAAGGCUCCAAUGGAAUGUACUCGACUGGAAUACAAACGCUAUAACUUUCUACGAGAAAAUGCCUUGCGAGAAUUUGACGAAAAUGGAAGGAUGGCUGCUUUACCGACUUGAUGCGAACGGAAUUUCUGCAUUAGCGGAGUCUCAACCAAAACCUUCAUCACACCCUUGAUCUCUAUAGGAAUAGUCACAUCUUUUUGCAUGAUUGCUAUCAUGUGAUGGCAUUGUUAGCAUUAAACCUUGUUUAUCAC